AUGGCCUGCGCCGCAGCAGCGGCCAGCGGCGGCGCGAAGAAGACCGCGGAUCCGGGUUUCGCGCGGUGCACCGCCCACCAGGUGCCCGAGGCGGUGGCGCGGCACCACGAGCACGCCGUGGGAGCUAACCAGUGCUGCUCCGCCGUAAUCCAGGCGAUCGCCGCCCCCGUGCCCGUCGUCUGGUCCGUGGUCCGGCGCUUCGACAACCCGCAGGCCUACAAGCACUUCGUCAAGAGCUGCCAUGUCGUCGUCGGGGACGGGACGGUGGGCACUCUCCGGGAGGUCCUCCUGGUCUCAGGGCUGCCGGCGGCAAGGAGCACUGAGAGGUUAGAGAUCCUGGACGAAGAGCAGCACGUUCUGAGCUUCCGAGUCGUCGGCGGCGACCACCGUCUGGUCAACUACCAGUCGGUGACGACUCUCCAUCCCUCGCCGGAGGGCAGCGAGACGACCCUCGUCGUGGAGUCGUACGUGGUGGACGUGCCGCAGGGAAACACGCCGGAGGACACCUGCGUCUUCGUCGACACCAUCGUCAAGUGCAACCUGCAGUCGCUGGCCCAUACCGCCGAGAACCUCGCCCGGAAAGGGAGGUCCCCUUCGUAG